UGUCAGUCACCUUUUAUCGCGCGCGGAUUGGCUGGGGGCCGGUGGAUGGGCGGGGUACACGGAAGGGUUCCGCCCUCUGCUGGAGCUGCGCUGGGUCGCAGUGGAGUCUCAGCUGAGGGAUCGGGACUGGAGGACAUGGCUGCGGCCGGAGGGGGACGCUGAGAGGAGAAGCCGCGACACCGGGAACCGCGGACGCUCUUUGUAAACGCCGGACGAGCCGACUCCUGGAAAACCCUAAAAUGUGAGCGUCGCUUCUUCCUGGCAAAACUAAACUCAGGGAACAAUGGAUCGGAAUAAACGAAAUUCCAUCGCCGGGUUCCCGCCUCGGUUGGAGCGCAUUGAGGACGCCGUGUCGGGAGAUGGCGGCAUCGCUCAGCUGGGUAGAGUCUACUCCUCGUCUUACAACGCGCUCAUCAGCGCCUUCUCCAGGCUGACGCGGCUCGAUGACUUCACCUGCGAGAAGAUCGGGUCCGGAUUCUUCUCCGAGGUUUUUAAGGUUCGUCACCGGACAUCUGACCAAGUGAUGGCGCUAAAGAUGAACACGCUGAGCAGUAACCGGGCCAACAUGCUGAAGGAAGUCCAGCUGAUGAACCGCCUGUCACACCCCAAUAUCCUGAGGUUUAUGGGAGUCUGUGUCCACCAGGGGCAGCUGCACGCGCUGACGGAGUACAUUAAUAGCGGGAACCUGGAGCAGCUUCUGGACAGCAACCUGCACCUGCCGUGGACGGUCCGGGAAAAGCUGGCGCUGGACAUCGCUCUGGGCCUGGCCUACCUCCACUCCAAGGGCAUCUUCCAUCGAGACCUUACAUCUAAGAACUGUCUCAUCAGGAGUGACGAGGGCGGGUAUGCGGCCGUGGUGGCAGAUUUUGGACUGGCGGAAAAGAUUCCAGAUUGCAGUGUUGGUCGUGAGAAGUUGGCGGUUGUGGGGUCUCCAUAUUGGAUGGCUCCAGAGGUUCUGCGGGAUGAACCCUACAAUGAGAAGGCGGACGUCUUCUCCUACGGAAUCAUCCUGUGUGAGAUCAUCGCCCGGAUACAGGCCGACCCAGAUUACCUGCCCCGCACUGAGAACUUUGGCUUAGACUAUGAUAGUUUUCAGCAUAUGGUCGGUGACUGUCCCCAGGACUUCCUCCAGCUGGCGUUCAACUGCUGCAACAUGGACCCGAAGCUCCGUCCGUCCUUCACCGAGAUCGUGAAGCAAAUGGAGGAAAUAUUACAGCGGUUGAGAAAAGAAGAGGCCGAGCAUGAGCGACUGUCCAAUAACCCCCAGGUCAACGAGUCAAAGCCUCUGACUAAGGGACCCUCUGAUAAGAGUCAAGGAGUGAAGCGCCUCAUCACCAUCCCUCAGGACAACAAAAUCCCCCAGAAGUCUCCGCGUCCUCGACGCAACAUCACGCUCUCCCGCAGCCAGUCCGAUGUUUUUGCCCGGAAACCUCUGCGCAAGAUAAACGUACAGGACCCGUUCUACACCCCCAGCCGGGGGCUGCUGCCCAAGGUUAACCCCUUCAACGCCAGGGAAGACUUAAAGGGAGGGAAGAUUAAAUUCUUCGACAUGCCCAGCAAGUCUGUCAUCUCCCACGUCUUCGACCUUCACUCCCCCAAGAUGGACGGCAGCCUGACCACGGGCCUGGUGCGGCAGCCGUUCAGCCAGGACUCUGUGGACUAUUGCUACGUACCCAGGAGGCGCUGUCAGUCUCUGCCCGUCUCUCCCGAGCUCCUGAAAAGAGAGUGCCCCCCUCCAUCAGCCCUGUUCCCCAUCGUGGGCAAGUGUGACCCUGCGCAGCUCAGCAGCGAGAUCCGGCUCCUCUGUAACGUCAAAUAUGGCGUCUCCGACAUUCCACCCUAUAAAGCCCGCUCCCCCAUCCCGGACUGUGCGCAGACUGAGGACAUGGACUGUACGGAUGGGAACCAGGACGAGUACUGUAACCCGCUGCUGGUCAGCGACCGCACACCCGCUCCGUGCCCCCCGCCCCCCUCCCACUGCCUCCCUGAGGACGCGCGAUCCACGGGCUUCAACUCCAGCGCGGAGGCCAUGGAAAUAGAGGACGAACUGAACGACAACCAGCUGAGCUGCAGCCCGCCAGCGCCCCCCGGAGGCCUCUCCUUACUGCCCGUGGACAAUGCAGAGAGCAGGGACUGCCUGUGCGACUCGGUGUCCAGCUGCCGCAUCCGCCAAGGCGUGGUCAAGAUGUGAUGUGCGCCGCGUUUACAUGAUGGAUUCCUAACACUUCCUCCUCCCCCCGGGGACUCCGCGCCUCGUAGUGACGUCCGCCGCGCUUCACCGGCGGUCAGUGCAAGUGUCUUAAUAAAUCGUAUAGGAAAAAGUGGCUGCAAUGGAGGGUGGGGAGGGAAGCGCUGUAACCCACGGCAACACAAAAAUAAAAAACAAAACAUUAACAAUACAAAUAAGUGUUUUUUGUGUUGCGUUGGUUACGGCGCGUUCCGCCCACGUUUAUACCUGGUCAUGUGACCUGCAGUCUCCAGGAUAGAGGACGGCGCAGUCUGUGAUGCCUUAACCCAUUCAGUGCCGGCACACAAGUUUUUUUACCGUUGUGACGCGCUUGGUGUUGGAUCCUGCUGUGUAUGACGUGAGCGCCGCCGCAGGUUUAUUCCGUGGUGGACUCCUUAGAGGAGGAGCGACAAUGUGUGAUCAGCUCCGGACAUCAAAGUACGUGCGUCGUCUCUAGUGAUGAUCAUAGAGAAGUGGUCUCCAAACUGGGACCUCCAGAGGUUGCAAAACUACAGCCCCCAGCAUGCUCUCGAAUAGCCGAGACAAAUAUGGCAAAACUACAACUCCCAGCAUGCUCUCGAAUAGCCGAGACAAAUAUUGCAAAACUACAACCCCCAGCAUGCUCUCGGAUAGCUGAUCAGAAUAUUGCAAAACUACAACCCCCAGCAUGCUCUCGGAUAGCUGAUCAGAAUAUUGCAAAACUACAACCCCCAGCAUGCUCUUGGAUAGCUAAGACAAAUAUUGCAAAACUACAACAUGCUCUUGAAUUAGAGAUGGGCGAACUUACAGUAAAUUCGAUUCGUCACGAACUUCUC